CGAGAAAGCAACUUCUUUUCGCGACACAAAUACUUUCGACCAACAACUCUUCUGUUAGUCAGAGAGUUCGCCGUGAAUGUUCUCAGUAUUCCCGCAUAUUUGAGCUCAUUUGCAGCGCUAUCUCUAGUCCUGCCAAAAAGUAUUUCUGCCAUUGACUCGGGCAAGAAUGGCUCGGCACAGGGACUCUCGCUCACCAUCGCCAGCAGGAAGCCAGCACUCGUCGAAGAGGGUAAAGAGAGAGGAUGAUGGUAGACGCGAUCGGGAUUGGAGAGAUGAUCCGCGUGGAUCACGGAGGCGGAGCCGCUCUCGCAGUGUGGAUCGCCGCCACCGCGAACGAGAUGCACCCAGACGCAGAGAUAGAUCAGUAGACCGGAGGGAGGAUGAUUACUACCGCUCUGGACGACGAGAUCGAUCGCGAGACCGAAGAGACAGAUUUGACCGAGAACGCGAACGCUCUCCAGAUAGGAGACGGCGCAGAAGUCGAGACCGGGAAUACCGUGAUAGGCGAGACGAUUCUUAUGACAGGGCACCAAGGCGCCGGGAGGACUCUACUGACUCGUGGUCCCGUAGCAGAGGUGAUGGCGAUACUCGAAAAUCAUCGAAUAAAUCUGAUGUUGCGAAACCCAGUGAGACGGCGAAACAAAGUGCUUCGGCUGCACAAAUUGAGGCUGACAAGAAGGCGGAACGUCUUGCUAAGUUGGAAGCAUGGAAGAAGAAAAUGGCUGAAGAUAAGGAGCGUAAGGAGAAAGAACUUGCUGCAGGUGGAACUCGCAAGCUUCUUGAAGAAAUAGAUCAAAAAGCCAACGGAUCCCCAUCCUUGGGGUCUCCAGCAUCACCAGCCGCCGUUGCCUCUCCACAGCCAUAUGCUGGCAAAUUCGACCCAAAAGCAAUAGCAAAGAAGGCAGUUGCCAAUUCAUCAUCUGCGAAUACUCUGGGGACGGAUUUGCCUCUGGAAGAAUUGACUAAAGCGUCCGCUACCUUACCUUCCUCGGUGAAAGGAUUACAAGCUGACAAAAAGCCAACAGCUUUCAACAGCUCGUCCAAAGUAUCUGCGUUGCCCAAAGCCAGAGGAAACCUCAGUGCAUUCGGAUUAGGUGGAAAACCUGCAGCAGACCCUGACAAAUCUACAUCUAAAAGGACAUUGGAUUUUGGCGAGGAUGAAGGGUCAAGGAAGAAGUUAGAGAAGCUACCGACCCUACCAUUGGCAAAAACUGUAGAUGAGGAUGCUGCGCUCGCUAACGGUGUCGAGGAAGAAGAUGACGGCGAUGUCGACAUGGAGGAUGCUGGCACCGAAGAGGAGGCUGCCGCUGCAGCUAGAGCAGCAGCAGAGAAACGAGAAGAACGACUUCAAGAAGAGAAAAAGAUAGCCGAGGACCUUGUCGAAGCGCCGCAAGAGACCAAUGGCGACACUAAAAUGAAGGAACAAGCAACACCACAAGUUGAACCUACAGCAAUGGAGGAGGAUGACGAUAUUGAUCCCCUGGAUGCCUUCAUGGAUGAGAUGGGUGACCCAUUCGCUGCUCCCAAAGCCAAGACUUUCAACAAGAGUAAGGGCAAGAAUCUUCAGCAAGAACCAGAGCCUCUAUUUGGUGACGAUGAUGUUGACCUCAAAGCUCUUGACGCCGACCCAGAUGACAUUCUUGCCAUGGCAAGCAAGGCUCGAAAGAAGAAGGAAUUGCCAACAAUCAACUACGCAAAGUUGGAUCUGGAACCGUUCCGGAAAAAUUUCUACUCGGAGCCGGCUGAGCUCGCGGAUAUGAGUGAAGCCGAACUUGCUGAUCUGCGCCUCGAGCUAGACGGUAUCAAAGUUGCGGGCAAGAGUGUUCCCAAACCUGUGCAAAAAUGGUCACAGUGCGGUCUCAACGUUCAAUCUUUAGAAGUCAUUCGCAAGCUUGGCUAUGAGAGACCGACUGCGAUUCAAAUGCAGGCAAUCCCAUCAAUAAUGUCUGGCAGAGACGUCAUUGGUGUGGCCAAAACUGGUUCUGGUAAGACAAUUGCAUUUCUGCUCCCCAUGUUUCGUCACAUUCGCGACCAGCGACCGUUGGAAGGCUCAGAUGGUCCAAUCAGCUUGAUUAUGACUCCUACGCGUGAGCUUGCAACCCAAAUUCACAAGGAAUGCAAGCCUUUCCUUAAGGCAAUGAAUCUACGAGCUGUUUGUGCCUAUGGUGGAGCUCCCAUCAAAGAUCAGAUUGCCGACCUGAAAAGGGGUGCCGAGAUUAUUGUUUGCACCCCUGGCCGUAUGAUAGAUCUUCUCGCUGCAAAUUCUGGCAGAGUCACCAAUCUUCGUCGAGUUACAUAUGUUGUACUGGACGAGGCAGAUCGUAUGUUCGAUAUGGGAUUUGAGCCCCAAGUCAUGAAGAUCUUCGCCAAUAUUCGGCCGAAUAGACAAACCAUUCUUUUCUCGGCUACAAUGCCUCGAAUCAUGGAUGCACUAGCCAAGAAGACUCUUCAAGAUCCAGUCGAGAUCACUGUCGGUGGCAGGAGUAUAGUUGCUCCGGAGAUUACUCAAAUUGUCGAGGUUCGUGAAGAGAAGGACAAGUUCCAUCGUUUGCUUGAACUCUUGGGAGAGUUGUACGACAAGGAUGAGGAUGCUCGUACUCUGAUUUUCGUUGACAGACAGGAAAAAGCCGACGAUUUGUUGAAGGAUCUCAUGCGCAAAGGUUAUCCUUGCAUGUCUAUUCAUGGUGGGAAAGAUCAAAUUGAUCGAGACUCCACUAUCGAUGAUUUCAAAGCCGGUGUCGUGCCGAUCAUGAUUGCCACUUCAGUGGCUGCCCGUGGUCUGGACGUCAAGCAGUUGAAGUUAGUUGUCAAUUUCGAUGCACCUAACCACUUGGAAGAUUAUGUCCACAGAGCCGGACGGACAGGUCGGGCUGGAAAUACGGGUACAGCAGUCACAUUCGUUACCGAGGAUCAAGAGCAAUAUUCCGUUGGAAUUGCCAAAGCCCUUGAACAGUCAGGCCAGCCAGUACCUGAUCGACUGAAUGAUAUGCGAAAGUCUUUCCGUGACAAGGUCAAGACUGGAAAGAUGAAGGACAGCUCUGGCUUCGGCGGUAAAGGUCUUGAACGACUCGACGCCGAGCGAGAGGCGGCUAGAAUGAGAGAACGGAAAACACACAAAACUGAUGGAGACGACGAAGAAGAGAAGGAAGACAAGACCGGUGAUGAUGAUAUCGUUCUCAAAGCUGCAUCUACUGUACAGUCGGCGACCGCAGCUCCUUCAGCUCCUCUAUUUGGCGUACCUAAGGGCAUUGAUCUUGACGGCAAGAUCACCGUGCACCGAACCGAAACCGCAGCGCCAGGUGGGAGUGGAUCUAAGAAUCCUCUUGAAAAGGUCACAUCAGCCAUCGAUGCUAUCAAUGCUCGACUCAACAAGACUGGUCAAUUACGAUCAGGAGUGCCAAUUGAUAAUAAAGGUCCUGAUGCAGGCGCUUUCCAUGCAACUUUGGAGAUCAACGACUUCCCUCAAAAAGCCAGAUGGGCCGUCACAAACAGAACGAAUGUUGCAAAGAUUUUGGAGGCUACUGGUACAUCUAUCACCACCAAAGGAAGCUUCUACCCUGCUGGGAAAGACGUGCAACCUGGUGGUGAUCCAAAACUUUAUAUCCUCGUCGAAGGCGACACGGAAGUUGUGGUCACCAAUGCCAUGCGGGAGUUGAUGAGAUUAUUGAAGGAGGGUACUAUGGCUGCAGCCGACGCUGAGGGCAGAGCUCCUGCCAGCGGUAGAUAUAAUGUUGUUUAGCCCGCUUUGUCAAUAAUAGCGUUGAUAGCGUUGACCCUUUAAAUACAACCCCGAGCCCGUAUUGGCUUUCAAUACGCUCUCACCCUGCCCCCGCACUCAAAUACUCAAAACGCCCGCCUAUGUGAUCUUUGUAUGCUCGUGAAUCAUUGA